AUGAACACCGAAACGAAGCUGCUCAUAAUGGGUGUCGUCCUUCUCUUGGUCCUUGUGCGGGUGUUGUCAGCCAUCAGAGCGUCCUCGAAUGGGCCUCUCAACAAGAUUCCAGGUCCCACAAUUGCCAGAUGGACCAACCUGCGAUUGAAAUGGGCCAUCAUCACGGGGCAACGAAUCUUCUACGUCCAUGAGCUUCACCAACGGUAUGGACCUUUUGUCCGUAUAUCACCCACGGAGAUUGCAGUCUCAGACGUCGAGUCUUUCACUCAAAUUCAUCGCAUCGGGUCGGGAUUCCACAAGUCUCGCUGGUAUCUUGAUCUGGUAGACUUUCCACGACCGACGCUGUUCUCGAUGAAUGACCCUGCGGCACAUGCUGCAAGGAGACGGCUGCUCGCACGAGGAUUUAGCAAGUCGUCUCUGCGCCAGCGAUGGGAAUCGGUCGUCAAUGACAGAAUUCUGCUCACGAUGAGAAAAAUCGGUGAAGAAUCAACGGCUGAGGGACACGCCGAUGUGUUGAAAUGGUUCACUUUCAUGGCAACUGACAUCUCCAGUCACCUUAUGUUUGGCAAUUCCCAGGACAUGGUCAACUUGGGAAAGGCAGGUGACUUCUUAAGCAGUUUCACUCCCGAGCGUGGUUAG